CGUGUGGCUUGCAGAGUCAGGGAGAGCGAGCUCCGAGCUGAUUGUGGCCGGUCGCAAAGCGCCCAUUUGCGAAGAGCAGCCGUCCCUGGGCCGCUGCAGCCCGGAGCGCGAGUCACUGUCCCUGGGCCGCCGCAGCCCGGAGCGCGAGUCACUGUCCCUGGGCCGCCGCAACCCGGAGCGCGAGUCACUGUCCCUGGGCCGCCGCAACCCGGAGCGCGAGUCACUGUCCCUGGGCCGCUGCAGCCCGGAGCGCGAGUCACUGUCCCUGGGCCGCCGGAGCGCGAGUCACUGUCCCUGGGCCGCCGCAACCCGGAGCGCGAGUCACUGUCCCUGGGCCGCCGCAACCCGGAGCGCGAGUCACUGUCCCUGGGCCGCCGCAACCCGGAGCGCGAGUCACUGUCCCUGGGCCGCCGCAACCCGGAGCGCGAGCUGCCGCCACCACCACCAUCACCAGCAGCAGGAGCAGCAGACUGAAGGGCGGCUCGCCAUGGCUGCAGACUGGGCUGAAAUCCGGCGUCUGGCAGCCGACUUCCAGAGAGCGCAGUUCACUAGCACCGUGCAGAGGUUGUCUGAUCGAAACUGCGUUGAAAUUGUUGCUAAACUAAUAGCAGACAAACAAUUGGAUGUGAUAUAUACAUUGGAUGGUAAAGAGUAUAUCACCCCAGCUCAAAUUGCCAAAGAGAUACGAGAUGAGCUGUACGUUCAUGGAGGCAGGAUAAAUAUUGUGGAUCUGCAGCAUAUUCUUAAUGUGGACCUAACACACAUCGAGAGCAAAGCAAAUGACAUUGUUAAAUCAAACAGAGAUAUCCAACUUGUGUUGGGCCAGCUGAUUGAUGAAACGUAUCUGAAUCAGAUGGCUGAAGAGGUUAAUGACCGACUGCAAGAAGCUGGACAUGUUACAAUAGCAGAGCUCUGUAAAUUGUAUGACCUGCCAUGUGAUUUUCUAACAGAGGAAUUGUCACGGCGUAUAGGCAGAAUUAUAAAUGGACAAAUGGACACCUAUGAUCGAGGCGUCAUUUUCACAGAUGCUUUCGUUGCUCAACACAAGGCCCGGAUUCGAGGACUUUUCAGUGCAGUAACUAGGCCAACGCCAGUAAGCUCUUUGAUAUCUCAGUAUAAAUUUCAGGAACAUCUUCUUUAUUCUUUUCUUGAAGAGUUUAUUACCAAUGGUCGCUUGAAUGGAGCAGUGAUUGGUGGGAGACAGGAUAAGGCUGUCUAUGUCCCUGAUAUCUACUCAAGAACUCAAAAUAACUGGGUGGAUUCAUUUUACAAGCAAAACAGCUAUUUAGAAUUUGACACUUUGAGCAGGCUGGGAAUUCCAGAUCCAAUAAAUUAUAUCAAGAAGAGAUACAAAUCAGCAUCGAUGACCACUUUAACAGCCGUGUGUGUCGGCCAUACCAUUGUGGAUCAGGUGGAAGCCUCAGUCGAGGAGGCUAUAAGAUCUGACAUGUGGGUGGAUAUACAGCCCCUGUUGCCCAGUUCGUUCUCUGUGGAAGAUGCCUCCAUAUUGCUCCAGCAGCUGAUGAGGACAAUGAACAAACAGUCUGAUUCUUGGAUCUUCGGCGAUACCAUUGUGGUCAGCGAGCAGUUCAUUAACAGCUGUGCAGCACUUUUUGAUCAGAUGAUGCAACACAAAGCUGAACAGGAGAUGCAGAACAAUCACGCCCACGUGUUGACAGAAGAGGACCUGAAGCAAGCUGCUAUUAUUGCCGAAAGUAUGAUUUCAGUUAAAAAGGACAAGCGAGAGGAUAGGAAGAAGAAAACAUCAGAUGGCAGUGGAAGUGCCCGCGCUGGAGGUGGUGGUAACGCAAGGGAAAUCAGGACCAAAAAGCACAAGAAGAGAGGAAAGCGAGAUGAGGAUAGUGAUGAAGAGAUGCCAAUCACAGGUAAACGCAAGCCAAAGGCAGCAAUUUUCAUGCCAAAAGAAGAAAUUGAAAGCAUUUUGAAAAAUCAUAAUCAGGAUUGUCCAGAAGAACUAAUAAGUGAACUUGCAGAACAUUUGAUCAGACGUUUAAAUAAAAGCUAUCAGGAGGUGUUGCAUUCAGUGUUCACAUCCACAGCCUCCUCUACCUCAGGAGCUAAUCGGAAAAAGACUGUGAAAGAACUGCAGGAGGAGGUCUCACAGUUUCAUAACAAUAUAAGGCUGUUUGAGAGAGGAGCCAGACUCUUUGCAGAUGACACACAAGUUCAACUGGAAAAGCAUUUAUUGAAGACCAUUUGCACUGACAUCUCCAACCUCCUGUUCAACUUCAUGGCUGGAGACCUAAUGAUGUCAGUCGAAAUCUACACAUCAAUAACCUCUGAGCUCAGAUUGAAAAUGUUGGCAAAACUAGCUGAGGAAAGUAGAGGUCCUCUCUUGAAGCUUCAUAACUCACUGAAUGGCAAAUGUAUUGAAGAGUUUCUUUCCAUUUUGGAUGGUGUAACAGAUGUUUGUGGACUUAUGCUCAAAAAGAUCGAUAAAAAGAAAGAAAGGCAAGUCCUGUUCCAACACAGGCAAGCAUUACUUGAACAAGUCAAAACAUCUGAGGACCCUGCACUGGUUCUGCAUCUGACAUCUGUUCUGUUGUUCCAACUUUCAUCACACCACAUGCUUCAUGCGCCUGGCAGAUGUGUACCACAGAUUAUCAGUUUCCUCAAUGGCAAGAUUCCUGAGGACCAGUACAAACUCCUCGUGAAAUAUCAAGGUCUAGUCGUGAAACAACUUAUUGGUCAGCACAGAAAAGGCAAAGGAGAUGAGGACUCUGGCGAAUACAGUAACAUUGAGAAAGAGGCAGAGAGUGAAGGAGAGGCAGCUCGAAAGGAGCUGCAAGAAUUAACACCAUUCGUCAAAGAUCUUGUAUUGAAACCCAGAAAGACAUCGGUGACAGAAGAGUGAAAUUACUUUGGAAACAUAACCUGCUGGAAUGGCCAAGUUUGCCAAUCGAUUUGUGCAUUAAAGAGUUAUAAUUUAAAAAUGCCAUUUGUAUAUUAGACAGGAACAUUCCUGUUCUACCUUGAUUACAUUCAUUAGAUGGGUAAUAACAAUUGGUUUAAUACAAUUAUUGGACCUUAACAUUCUACUUGGGAUUAUAAAAUAAGCAUUUAAAUGUUGGAGAUAGCAGAGUAAUUUUGUUUUUCAUUGGUUAGUACAUUUCAGAUACAGAGAGAAUAGUAAAAUAGACCACAUCUGCUUAGGUGAACACUUGCACAUUUAUUGGGAUAUUGAAUUUUUUUUAGGCUAGAAAGAGUAAUUAUUUCUGCAGACAUUGGCUGAUUCACAAAAGGUAAGAAACAAAAAUGUCACAAUAGGUCCAAUCCUCUACAAUGUUUUCAACACAUUCACAGCCCGAUCAGGCACUACCAUUCUUUAUUAGUCCAAAUGGAGUAAAUGCACAUUAAGUUGAAACAAACUCUUUUUAGCCACUGCAGAAAAGAAAAAAAGGAUAUACAAAAACAUGAUUGUGGAUGCUGGAUGAAAACACGAAAAGCAAUUAUAUGGCUUCAUAACUGAAAGAAUUACGGAAGUGUUUAAGAACUUUUCUCAGUUCUGGUGCUAGGUUCUAUCUUGACCUGUUGGGGACGUGAUAUGUUAAUGUUUUUUUUUUGGAAUAAAUAGUGAUAUUUAAAAAAAGAUUUGUGCCACCUUGCACAUCAAGUCUUGAAGAGCAAAAAUUACUAAAUGUUGAAAUACUCUUUGAUGAAAAGUCACAGACCUUACACAUGCUGACUAUCUUUUAACAGAUGCUGCUUGACUUGCUAGUUCCAGCAUUUUAUGUUUUGGAGUCACAAAUCUCAUACUUUAAAACAUCAAGUCAUCUAAUACUUUCCUUUGUUUUUAAGUUGUGCAUCAUGGAAUCAUGGUGGCACAAAUUCCUUGAAAACCAACCUAAAGAUUGCUUCUGAAAUUUUGAAUCCUGUUUUUAAAGGAAAGUUAAAAUAUUAUCUAGUACUACUGUAAGAAAACUAUUUUGAUUAAAUAAAAAAGUGGAAUUCGUAAAACAGAACUUUAUGAAGAAACUCGCACAUUUUUCCCGUCUUUGUCUAUGACUAAGACAGACAGUCAAAGACAGAUGACUUGAGGUGCUCACUUGGGAGUGGGGGGGGCCUCAAUUUGGAGUGGGGGGCUUCAAUUUGGGGGGGGGGGGGGGGUUUGUUGGACUGAGGAAGAAUGAUGGCAAAUGAGAGGCAGUUUGUGGAGCAACUGUGGAGGAAAUGGGGAAAAAGGUUAACAUUUUGUUUUGUGCCAGCCUCUGAACUUGCUAGAAUUACUAGCCUGAGUUCACCAUAUUGUGUUUAUGUACAUCCGUUAGGGCAUACAGUUUGAGAUUUCAAAUGCUGUUUUACAUUUUAAAAGGUAUACUCAAUGUCUAACAAACAUCAAUUGAAUUGCCAUUUCAGAAAAGUUUCCUUAGAUUAAAGUUGCUAAUAGUUACAUUACAAAUGAUGGUCUGUUUAGUACAUUUGUGAUCCUUGCUAACACAGAAUCAACUUUCCGAAGGGCUCUAAUGAUAUUAGAUAUUAGAUAUUUUGUAAGUAAUGAGUAUUUUGUAAGUAAUGCAAAGUGUUAGAAAGCUGCUUCUGGCCACUAAUGCUUAGUUUAUUGUUACAUGUGCCUAGAAAAUCACCCUCGGUUGGUACCACCAAAUGUAUUGUAUGUUAGCAGCAGCAACAUUUAUUACUUUACCUCAAAAACUGAGUUCCAGAGAAGUCCUUGCUACACUACUUAAAACUAUUGCAAUGUUAUGUGCAAAUUCAGUGAGAAUGGUUACAAAAAAAAUAAAAGACAUAUCUUAAAUUCUU